AUUGUUCAUAUCUAGAGUGAGUUAUGGCUGUGAGAGACAAAGGUCAGGCAAGGAGAUCCUGGUUCAUGGACAGGACCCUCAGCCCCUCUCUUCCUUUGUUUCUCCUUUAGAACUGAAACCAUUUGAAAGAUCCUUAGUAGCACCUCAGACUGAGUUUAAUUCCCUGGAAAGUGUUAGGGGAUUAAAGGAAGGGGCACUUGGGGGCUACUAGGUGGGCCCGGUGGCCUCCAGCACUCCAGUGGCUUUGUCCACUGCAGCCGGGCUUAGUCCCAGGAGCUGAGCCCCAGGCGGAGGGAUGUCCCGAAGAGCUGACGCGGGCCAAGGUGGCCUGCGCUGCUCUCACUGAGAGAAACUGCCUGGAGGGGUGAGGACUGGGUGAAUGAGAAGGGGCAUACUGUGUUUGCCAGCCUGGGAUGGAGGGUUAGGGCUGACCUGGGCAGCCGGAGCAGCUGGGAGAGGGAAAUCAAUGAGUGUGCAGAUGCGCUGCCAUUUUAUUGAUGAUGCUUCAGGCUACUUUGUUCAGUGCUGGGUUGCAGGACAUGCUCUCCUACAUGCUGGACAGAAGGAGCCAAAGAGGACACACCAUUGUUCUCCGGAGAACCCUCUGCCUGGGUAGGGGUGGAGAAGGACAGCUCAGAUCUAGGAGAGGCCUGGGAUAGGGGAAAGCGCGCUGGAUGCCCAGAAGCUCUGUUACUCUAACAUUUGGGAGACAGAGGAAGGAGGGAGCCUGGAGCAAGGUUUGGGCUUCAUAAAUCCGCAUGGCCUGGGUGCCCCUUUUUACGCCCCCAGCGGGCUUGGAGAGUUUGAGGACUGGCCACUGUGCCCUAGGCUGGAGGGAAGUUCGGAGGCAGAGUCUUAGGGAAGCAGAGGCAGACAUUUCUCUGGCUUCAGAGCCCCAGAGCUGUGCUGUAGCCAGGAUGGAGGCAGAUGAGAGUUAAACUAUGUGCUUCCAAAUUACUGGGAAAGCUCCAGCUAAUUGGGCUUUGGGGACCCAGCACUCCUGGGAAGGAUGGAAACUCCCUGAAAAGGCGAAGGAAACUUCACUUUCCUCUGCUCCUGGAGCUCUUGGAACAGAGGAAAGGGGAGCCUACAAGGAGUUGGGAAUCGGAUUUGCUCUGUGACUUUUUAAAAUAAUAUUUCUUUCUGUACUUGAAAAAAAAAAAUCAAAUCAGGCUUCCCUUACUUGAGUGGGAUUUACUUCCCCAGAACGGAAGGGCUGCUUCUGCCCUCCCCGGCUGCCGGCUCGGUGCUAACUAUGUUUAACUGAGGCUGGUUCAAGUGCUCUAAAACACCCUUGGAAAUAAAAUGUAAGCUUUAAUUGCUGUUCAAUUACUUGUCAGCAUUUGGUAUGAUUUAUGACCUGGUUCUGGCGCAUUUUUGACCCAGUUAAAGACUCAUAAAUAAUAUAGUUUCACUAGAAAGAAUGAGAGAGGGAAUAUAGGUUUGUUAAAGGCAUCUUUUUAUUGUCGCUUCAGUGCCAACAAGCAAAAUAAACAUCUAAGGAUGGAUUCUCGAGCUGGUUCUGUAUGAAAGUGUGCACAGUGAGAAGAAGCCAAUAGUCACAUUUAUAGAGCACAAGUUGGUUUUUCCUCCACAGAAAGAGCUAAAGCCACUCCAUUAUAGCUAAACUGCAGCUAUAAAAAAGGCUAGUUCCCUCUUACCCUCAAAAUGCCAGCCUCACCCUCAUAGGCAAGUGUAUUUCCUCAUUAAUUUUGCUCCCUAUUCUGGGAUCUCGAUGCCUCUUCUUGCCAACAAUUAUUCCUUACCUUCCUUCCUGGCUGCACAGCCUUGGAGCCACCCGAGGCCCUCUCAGACAUGCUCACAAGGAGACCCCUGUGAAGGGUAGAAAGGCACCAGCGCACCCUUGCUGCUCCAAAUAGUCUAGUGCUGAGAAAAUAUUUUCUUCUGGUCCCCAUGAGUGAGAGAUCGGGGAGCACAGGGACUUGGGGGAAUUUGGGGAGCCAAAGAGUACUCUCAGCAAAGAAAACCUCAGUGGUUUUGGCGGAGCCGGGUGACUAGCUGUGGGAUUUGCCUAGAAAGGGCAAGGCGGCAGGGCCGGUAAUUUCUGGCGGUGGAAAUCGACAGGCGGUAUUUUUCUCUUAAAAAACAAUAACAAGCAAAAGCCUUCAGCUACUAUAAAUUGCUUUAAUCACCUCGGCUACCUUGUUCCAAAAGCCAAUCCUUCGGAUUUCAGCAGAGAGGCCCGAACCCCGGCAGUCUGCGUGCCUGGGGGCCAAAACCGAGUCUUGAGGUCGGAACCCGACCUCUGCCCGCUGCAGCUCGCCGCCCAGAAGCCGCUGGUCGAGGGCGGGCGGAGGCUCUCGCCCGAGCUCCUGCCCGCCUUUCCCCAGGCUCCUGCCGGUUGGCGUGUCCAGUCCCCCGUUGUGCCCGGCGCGGUCUCGGUGCCGGUGGAAAGGUAUGCGCCCCGAGCGCCCCAGCCCUCACCUCGGUGCCCUCGGCCCCUGGGCCCGGGCCGUCCCCUCCCCCGGCAGGUUCUCACGGACUGCUGGCCUUCCUUGCAGCUGCAUUAGCUGAGAAAGCGGUGAGAGGCGCGUCAGCAGUUUGGAGGAGAAAGUACGGGUUGAUUAUUGACCCACGCCUUCUUUCUUCAAAUGCCACAUCCGACCCGGCCGGUUUGAAGAGAAAUUGCCUCCGAGCGGAUUUUUGCGGCCGGCUCUCGCCUCCUACGCGGCCCGGCUCCCCCUUUCAAGUCGCGCUGCCGCAAUACGCCAUAAGGAGCAAGUGUUUGCUGUUUUGUGCUCUGUUUACAGCUUUGGGGCGCCGAGUCAUAAAUCUUGCCCAGCCAUAAAUGACAAAAACCAUUGGUAUGCAUGAGGCCACCCUGGCCCGGAGUGCUUUUUGAUUUCUCCCUUUUCCCUUGGCUUUGUUUUUGCUCUAAGGUGACACUUUGGCUCCCUGACAGUUUAAACAUACUACUUAUAUUUUUAACACCUUCCUUUGAGAAGGACCGGCCGUUGACACCUUGGAAUUGCACGAAAGCUCCAUUUCUCUCUUUUUGCCACACACAUACCGUUGCAGAGUUUGCUGCUGAAUCUGGGGAGUUGAGGGAGGCGUUAGGAGGGAGAAAGACCAUCCUCCUUAAAGUUGUGGCAAUUUUACCGGGCACACUCGGGCCUUUCCUCUGUGUAUACCACUGACUAGGGGGGAAAUCAUCAUAGAUGUCGGUUCGUGGUGGGGUCAGAUCUUUAUUCGUCUUUUCCUGUGAGUGAGCUGCGUGUCUGUGCUGUGAAAUGGGCGCAGACGAGCUGGAGACCCAGGUUCCUAGGCACCCAUGUGUGUACCUGAGCGCAGAGCGCCCCAUUUCACUGCCGGGACAAAUGAGCAUCUCCCCAGGCUCCUUCCCUCCCGGCUGCCAGGAUUUCAAGGGUUUCUGUCUUAAAAUAUAACCAAAGACAGCCCAGUUGGCUCUUGAGGAGGUCUCUCGAGAAAGGAGACCCUAUUCCAACCCCCAAAGAUGGCUUUAAGGUUCUUGGAUUGGGGGGCAGGUGAGGUAUACUGCCCAAAGUCUGGGGAACUCUCUUCUCCUGGUUUUCUUUCCCCUAGCCCCCCAACUGGAAAUGUCCAGGGCAGAGGGUUACUUGGUUUCUCAAACGGAUUCCUAAGAAAUAGAGCCCGGCCAGAGAGCCCCUUUGUGAGAGCCGUUUGUCCUCAUUAGCAUAAUUUUCCUGGACUUUAGUGACGCCUAGGAGUGAGGAGAGGGAGGGCGUUGGGGGUUGGGGGGAGGCCGCCCUCCUCCCGCCGCCGCCGAGCUCCCCCUCUCGCUCCUGUCCCUCCCCUCGCCUCAGCCCCAUCCCCCACGCCGGCCCGCGCUUCCCUAGCCGCCUCGGCCUCCCCGCCCGCCCGCCCCCAGCACCCCCCAGCGCACCCCCGACCAGACGCUGCUCCGCGUGUAAUAUUCAUAAGAAACAUACCCAAGUCGGUGCCACUAGCCCAGGCAGAGCCCCGCGCCGCGCCAGCGCUUAUCUCCGGGCCGCGGCUGCUGCCCUCGGGAAGGGCAGGGGGCGGGGGGUGUGGGGGAGGGGUGGGGGGGCGUCCAAGCAGCCCCAGUCCGCCCUGGGCGAGCCGUGCUGGAGCAGCGAGGCGACCACGCUCUGCGCGCCGCGGCGUCCGGGCCUCGGGGUCUCCCGCCCGCCCGCCGUCUCGGCUGAUGCUGAGGGUCGGUGCCCAUCCCGUGCCGAGGGGACCCGGCCGGGCUGCCGAGCCGGGCCGGGGGCUGGAACCCGAGUCCGAGCCCGAGCCUGCGCUCGUGGCGCUCUUCAGAAGUUAAGUCUGGAGCCAAAUGACCCCCAUACAUCAAAUUACAUAGCAGUUUCUCAGACAGAACCUAUUAUCGUUAAGUUGGAAGGAGAGUUCAAGCCGUGGUCAUGGAGAUGAACGCUGGUUUUUCAGGUUCCUGGUGGGUUGUUUUUUUCUCUAAUCCAUCAUGUUUUAACAGGUAGAAUUUGAUAGUUGCCCUGAAUAACAGCACCUCAGAAAGCCGAAGGCAGGAGGGUCUAAGGACCUUCUGUAUCAGGGGAAUUGAGGUGGGAGUGGCUUGCUGGGACAUGCUUGAGAAAUAGGAAAGGAGUAAAGAAGUGUCCAGGAUUUGAGUUUGACUUGCUGGAGCAAGUGUUGUUGGUCCCACCCCACACAGGAUGUUCCAUCCAAAGUUUCUCUCUCUCCUUCUUGGGCGCAAGGAGCUCAUUUGGAAAGGUGUGUCAUAUCCCUGCCUACCAAGCUCAGCUUCUGAAAUCAAGCAGGGUGGAGUAGGGCAAUUGCCUGAAAAAUUUUUGUGCAUACCUCUUUUGGGUGCUGGAAGGUCCAAGAAGGGGCUGGAUGGGAAGUCACCCCGUGUCAGGGCUCUUUUGGCAAAUACCAGUCCUAAAGCGAGGAUUGGAGAAAAAUUUGGCGACCCAAGCUCCACUUUGCCUCCUCGCCCCUUCCCCGGGAUCCCCAGAGGGAAGGAGUCGCGUGGCUCGCUGGAUGAGGCCAAGGAGCGGAAACGAAGGGACACCCCAAGUUUCUUCUUCCCUGGAAAAGAAGGAUCCCAACCCUGUUCCUUUCUGGCCCAUCAGGCCUUUCUUCUUUUGGACUCCAGCUCCCAAGACUUGGCUUUCAGCCCUCACUCACUGUCCUCCUCUCUCCCCGGAAAACCCCCCAACUCCAGACACAAGUUAAGCAAAUAUUUGUAGCUGCCAGUAAAUUCCAGCGGCUUUUUAUAGCGCGGCUCUCUGCGCCCGGGGCCAAGUCGUGCUGCUAAAUAUUGCUGACCACUUUUUCUUUUAUGGCUUUCAUGUCACUUAGCUAUUGAGAGUAAGAUGGAUUUGCGCGGAGCCCUCACCGCGCUGCGAUUCUCGCCCCCCCCCCCAGGUCUGCGCGGGGCGGCCAUUGGCGGCGGAGCGUCACGUGACCGCGGGGGCGUGCCAAUGUGCGCCCUCACGGGUGUCAAGCCCCUGCCAGUGUGUGCCAUCAAGAUCGUGAAACAACGCGAUGCAAAAAGCGACCUACUACGACAGUUCGGCGAUCUACGGUGGCUACCCCUACCAGGCAGCCAACGGGUUCGCUUAUAAUGCCAGUCAACAGCCCUACCCAGCGUCCGCGCCACUGGGCCCCGAGGGCGAGUACCACCGACCCGCCUGUUCACUCCAGUCGCCCGCCAGCGCCGGGGUCCACCCCAAGGCGCACGAGCUGAGCGAGGCAUGUCUGCGCACCCUGAGCGGCCCGCCCAGCCAGCCCCCGGGGCUGGGCGAGCCGCCUCUGGCCCCGCCACCGCCCCAGGCCGCGCCCCCUGCCCCACAGCAGCCUCAACCCCCGCCGCAGCCCCCUGCGCCCGCUCCUGCCGCGCCCCCGCCCCCCUCUUCAGUCUCCCCACCUCAGAAUGCCGGCAGCAACCCCGUCCCCGCAAGCGCGGCCAAGAGCCCCCUACUCAACUCGCCCACGGUGGCCAAACAAAUCUUCCCCUGGAUGAAGGAGUCUCGGCAAAACACAAAGCAGAAAACCAGCGGCUCCAGCUCAGGGGAGAGCUGCGCCGGCGACAAGAGCCCGCCUGGGCAGGCGUCGUCCAAGCGGGCGCGCACGGCCUACACGAGCGCGCAGCUGGUGGAGCUGGAGAAGGAAUUCCACUUCAACCGCUACCUGUGCCGGCCGCGCCGGGUGGAGAUGGCCAACCUGCUGAACCUCACCGAGCGCCAGAUCAAGAUCUGGUUCCAGAAUCGCCGCAUGAAGUACAAGAAGGAUCAGAAGGGCAAGGGCAUGCUGACAUCAUCAGGGGGCCAGUCCCCAAGUCGCAGCCCUGUGCCCCCCGGCGCGGGUGGCUAUCUGAACUCUAUGCAUUCGCUGGUCAACAGUGUCCCAUACGAGCCCCAGUCACCCCCGCCUUUCUCCAAGCCCCCCCAGGGCGCCUAUGGGCUGCCCCCCGCCUCCUACCCUGCACCCCUGCCCAGCUGUGCGCCCCCGCCACCCCCACAGAAGCGCUACACGGCGGCGGCGGGGGCCGGCGCGGGGGGCACCCCCGACUAUGACCCACACGCGCAUGGUCUGCAGGGCAACGGCAGCUAUGGGACCCCACACUUACAGGGAAGCCCCGUCUUCGUGGGGGGCAGCUAUGUGGAGCCCAUGAGCAACUCUGGGCCGGCCCUCUUUGGCCUAACGCACCUCCCCCACGCCGCCUCGGCCACCAUGGACUACGGGGGUGCUGGGCCGCUGGGCAGUGGCCACCAUCACGGGCCUGGGCCAGGGGAGCCGCACCCCACCUACACGGACCUUACCGCCCACCAUCCUUCUCAGGGAAGAAUUCAGGAAGCCCCCAAGCUCACCCACCUGUGAUGGUGGGUUCGGGGCUGCGCGCCAGGAGAGUCCCCCCCCCCUUUCUUCUUCGUUUACUUUUUUUGUUUUGUUUUGUUUAAGGUUCUUCCUGUCCCUCCCUUUUCUCUCUCCUCCAGCCCCCGCUUCCCACCCCUCCCCCCGUUUUGUUUUCUUUGGUAACGCGUUUUUAUAGUUUAUGUGACGUAGCAAUCUUGGUUGCUGGAAUGGCUGUCAGUAUCAGUAGCGAUAUUUAUCUCCUCCCUCCCCUCGCUCGGCCACUGGCCCUGCACCCUCUUCCUUCUCUACUCUUUGAUCAGAAACAGGGUAUAUGAACAAAUUUUCUAGCCGAGUUCUUCAAUGUGAAUUUGUUCGUACAUUAUGGCUCCCGAGGGGAAGCGAUUACUUUUAAAAAUUUUUUGUUUUUUUUAAAUUGCACUUCUUGUAAAGAGCGAGAAAAAUCAAAGGCGCUUUGAAACAGGGGCUCCCUGUGCAAGGAUGACUAAGUGUACGUCUUUCCGUGUGUGUAUGCUGGUGAACAGUCAGAUUUAUUUAUAUUUUUUUUGCAAGCAUUGAAUAAUCUAAGUUUUAAAUAUUAUUUAUCCCCAUCCGUUCGUAUUUAUAUUAAAGAAAUUCUGUACCCUGAUUGUUCAGAAGGUUUCUUGGGCCUUUUGUUCAAUGGUGUAUUGGCGUACAUAGUAAAUUUUUUUAUUUGAAAGGGAAAUAUAAUUCCUUUAUAAAAACGGUGAUGAUGCAAUAAUACCAGAGAGGAUCCAGCUUUUGACAGCGGUGAUUUAGGUUUAACAUCCGGCGAAACUGAAAAAAAAAUCUGUAAACGUAAAAAACGCUAGAUUUGUUUUGAGAGUUCUACAUUCCUUGCUGCUCACAUUCUGAGAAACAAAACAAAAAAAUAAAGUUUUUAUUCUGAAUAA